AUGACAACUAGCAACCCCCAAGUGGGGUGGAUAGGCCUCGGGAGUAUGGGUCUGGCAAUGGCCCAGAAUGUCCAACAAUUCCUCCACCGCGAAAAGAAACCAGGCUUGAGAUUUUGGAAUCGGACAGCGUCCCGUGGCGCGCCACUUGAAUCAAUUGGAGCUGUCGGUUGCCACUCUAUUUCCCAGCUCGUUCGGCAAUGUGACCUCGUGUUCAUAUCUGACGAACAUUGCGUACUGAUAGUGCACAAAAAGACCAGCGACGAUGUGGCGCUAGUUUCUAUCAUCGACCAGAUCUUAGCUGUGGAAGAUAUAGACGGAAAGCGCAAUUCAUCCUUCGUCGCCGCACCGGUAUUCGGAGCCACCCCAGCUGCACAAAAGGGCCAAGUCCUCAUGGCAAUGAGCGGACCCAGCGAAGCCAUCGAAUUAGCCUCGCCAUUCGGAAAAGGCGUCAUCGCACGUGAGGUUAUGAUUGUAUCAGAUGAACCUGAGAAAGCUACUCUACUCAAGGCAUUGGGUAAUUUCAUCGUCGCAGGAACAAUGGAAAUUGUAGGCGAAGCCCAUGUGCUCGCCGAAAAGAGCAAUCUCGGCAGUGGGACACUGGAAAAGCUACUCGAGUUGAAUUUUGGGAGUUUGGCGUAUUCUGAUUCAACGCGUAUGACGCAGGGGGUCUAUAUGCCUGGAGAGGGUCAGUCGCCUUGGUCCAAUUUGAAUUUGGGUAUCAAGGAUGUGCAGCACGGUAUUAGUUGUGCUCGAGACGCUGGAACGAGGUUGAAGGUUGCGGAAGUGGCACUGGAGCAUAUGCUUCGGGCUAAGCAGUUCUCGGAUGAGAAUGGUGGUCGUCCUUUGGAUUCAUCAUCUGGGUAUGGUAUCAUUCGCCAGGAUGCGGGUCUUGAUUUUGAGAAUGAGUUCAUCGCCAUAAUUAUGAUCUUCUGCUCAGCCGCACUCUUCUACGUGAAAUAUCCGUACAGACACCAAGAAUCAGCUCCCAGCAGAAUGCUUUACCGACUACAUAUCGUCCGACAUGCAGAGGGAACUCACAAUCCUGCCCAUGACACGACUAUCCUAGACCCGCCACUGACUGAAAGGGGAAUCGAACAGUCCCAGGAGCUAUCACAAACUUUCCAAUUCAAAGAAAGUGUUGGGCUAGUGCUGGCGUCUCCGCUACGACGUACUCUUCAAACAGCUCACAUCGGCUUUCAACAAACACUCGAUCAAAGAUACUACGCCAAAGGAUCAGGAGCAGGCGUUCAAAAGGGUGCACAAUUCGUUCUUGAGCCGGAUGUACAGGCACACUCUUCUCGUCCAUGUGACACUGGCUCGGACAUUUCCAUUUUGCAGUCCGAGUAUCAAGAUCUGCCCUGGGACAUCCUUGAAUUGGAUCCUACAUUCCCUAAUAAGGAAGGGCUCUAUGCAUCUGAUUCUGAGACGCUCAAACAGCGUGGAUGGCGUAUUCAGCGUCGGUUGGAGGAGAAGUUUAAGGAAUUGGCGAACACUGCUCGGCCUGAUAUUGUUGUUGUUACGCAUGGGGGCUUUAUAAGAUUUGUUACUGGAGAUGAGACAUUGGUUAUUGGUCCGGCAAAAGCAAGGAGUUUUAUGGUUUCAUUUGAUCAAGACUCUAGACUUGUUAUUGAACAUUCAUUGUCUGGGUAA